AGGAAAAUAUGUUUGUUCAAACUCUCAGGAGAAGCUGCCACACAUACCACUCCAUAAAAGCAAGAACCACCCAUCUGUUGAUGUCCAGACUGUUUGCUGUUGCAAGCGAAAAAUGGGUGAAACAGUGAAGCUCAUCAGCGCUUUUGCAAGUGCAUACGGCCACCGUGCAGAGGUCGCGCUUCGCCUGAAGGGCGUGCAGUACGAGCUCAUCCUGGAGGACCUCCGCAACAAGAGCAGCCUGCUGCUCGACCACAACCCGGUCCACAAGCUCGUCCCUGUCCUCCUCCAUGGCGACCGCUCCCUGAGCGAGUCCCUCGUCAUCCUCGAGUACAUCGACGAGACCUUCCAUGGAGGACGCCCCCUCCUGCCCGCUGACCCGUACGAUCGAGCCAUGGCGCGGUUCUGGGCGCAGUUCAUCGAUCAGAAGUUUGGAAGGUUCAAUUUCUGGAUCCCGAUGGUGCAGAUGGAGGGGGGCUUGCAGGAGGAAUUCGCCCAGGAAGCGAAGGGGAAUCUGGCGCUCCUCGAGGAGCAGCUCAAGGGGAAGAGGUUCUUCGGAGGCGACGCCAUCGGGUUCUUGGACAUGGCGGCGUGCUUGCUGGCUCACUGGCUUGGCGUCUUCGAGGAGGUGUGCGGGGUGACCUUGGCCACCGACGAGGAGUUCCCUGCUCUGUGCCAGUGGAGGAGAAGCUACGCCGACGACGAGGCCGUGAAGCCAUGCCUGCCGGAGAAGGAUGAACUCGUCGCCUACUACAGAGCAAUCAAGGAUGUCAUCAAAGCUGCAGGAAGGCAGGAGAAGUGAUUGUUUGUAACUUGUAUUAUUUCUGAAAUAAUGAACAUUGUGUUCAUGGGAACAGAAUAAUUAAGCUGUUAUGAUAUGCCUUGUUGCCUACCAUUUCUCUGUAUUUUGAUUUACAUGUAAUUUGCUUGUGGUUUUGCCUACCAUUCCUAUGUAUUUUGAUUUAAAUGUGAUUUGCUUAUGGUUUCCUCGAUAGAGAGGAUUAUGUAUUCCACGAUAA